ACCUAAACUGUUUAUAUUAUUCAUUUCACUGUUGAAACACCCGCUUUUUGAUCUUGAGGCACUCAUUAUUUAACUAAUCUUAAGGGUUUUUGUCUUGAUUUUUAUUUAAAUAAAGCGUAAGAACUUUGGAACCUCAUUUUUUAAUCAUGUAGCCUAUUUGUUUGUUUUGCGAGUUGUCACAACGUUCCUGAUAUAAAACUCGAAAAUAGGUAUUUUUCAGAAUUUUCCAAGAAUUGUCUUUUGAGCCAUCUGCCUUCCAAAGGACUUGCACCUGGCUUAUUAGGGUUAGCAAGAUUAGCGGCCGAAUAGGCUGAAUAACGCUAGGAUCAAUAAAAUUCGCGAUAUAUCUGCUUAAGUAGGAUCCUACCUGGCUUUUGCCUAAGGUUACUUAUUAGGGCAACUGGGAUUACCGGCCAAUUGGUAGGUAGAGCGCAAAGGACGGGCGGUCCAUAAACAGUUCCUUCUCGACAGUCCAAUCAUGAAGUACCGCAUGUUGAACAAACGCAAGCAGGCGACUCCCUCGCCAGUGAGACAAUCCGACACAGAAGACGUGUCCAUGGCCAACCACAGUGCUUUGGAACUGGAGGCAGCAGCAGCACUCUUGUUGCUCCGCUACCAAUAUGAUCGGCAAGUGUGCAACAACAUUAUAUCCUACACGGAGUCCUGUUCUCCGACUCCACCGCCGGCAGUUGCCGAUAACACGACGCCAAGGGAUCAGACUGUUCGUCCUCCAGUCGCCAGCCAGCCGUUGAAGAAACGCUCCAUACCAUCGCACCUACUCAGGAGAUCCCUGACACCGGCCAAAUCCGAGACUUCGGUGAGCAACAAGUCGAUAGUCAAGGCCAAAACAAGGACUCCAAUUCCCAGUAAAGAGCGCAACUGCAACAGGUCCUUGCUCAAGUCCUGCAGAAAUAUGAUUCGCGAGUUUUUGGACAAUCAGGAGCUUAUCUAAACAAAGUUAAACUACGUAUCCUAUUCUACAUUUUUAAAUUUAAUCAAAUCAAGAUUUUAGAAAUCUUCGCUAAAAACGCCACAGUGAAUUGCACGAUUGCAGAAAAGAACAAUCAAUGAAUUUUUAAAAACGAUGUAGCCCAGUAAAUAAAAAUCCCACUUAAGGCCCAAGAAAGAUAAAGCCGAUCCUUGGGAUCUUGGAUUUCA